UCAGUAUCCAUAUUCUUUUAAAAUGGCUGCCCUGAGGGCAAUGCUGACAAUAUCAUUGGUUAGAUAUAUUCACUGUUACGAGAACAUUUGUAAAAGAGUAACCUGCACAGCCACACAGAGUUCUAUAAGAGAUGGUUUAUCUGCAGACAAAGUUAUUGACGGAAAUACCAAACAAGAUUACUACAGCUGUUCACAUACUGUAGUAAAUUCAACGUCAGAGGCAUGGGUUAUGGUGGACUUACGAAAAGAAUAUAAACUGCAAAAUGUCGCCAUCUACUAUAGAAACGAGGAUGAUGAUCUUAAAGUGGUUAAAACAAACAUAUCAAGAGUUUGGAAUUCGAGAAGACAAAGAUAUGAAUGGAGACCUUAUCGAUUCAGGCAAUACAGCUUAGAAGUAUCAAAUUCCUCCGAUACAGAACAAUGGAAAGAAUGUUACAAAGAUAACACUCCCGAUUCCCGCAUACCAUCAGACAUACAGAAUAUUACAUGUGAAAGAACAGCCAGAUACCUCAGAAUUAUAACAAACUAUGACGCUCCUGAAGAUGACAUAUUCUCUGAAAGUGGACCUAUACUCGAAAUUUGUGAAAUUCAAAUUUAUGGAAACAAUGAGGCGUCAGAGAACAGUAAAAUCACAGACGUUCACUCUGUUCUAUACGGUGUGGUUACAUUUCUCAUCUUAAGUAUAUUUGUCAACUUAUUUUUCAUUGCGUGGAAAGUGAGAGAAAAAUUUUAUAUAAGAAGAGACUCAACAAAAGAACACGGUCCGUACAAUUCAAUAAGAGAUGCAAACAGAGAUGUUUAUGAUAGAAUAGAAGACAUCGCCAACUACCAAGAACUUGGACAAUUAAGUCAACCCUCUCAAUAUGAAGAACUCAAAAAUAACAUUUGUGAACGUUCUAUCUGCAUAGCUACACAGAGUUCUAUAAGUAAGGAUUUAUCUGCAUACAAAGUAAUUGACGGCAACACCAAACAAAAUUACGCCAGCUGUUCACAUACGGCAGUAUGCGCAGCGCCAGAGGCAUGGGUUAUGGUGGACUUACGAAAAGAAUGUAAACUGCAAAAUGUUGUCAUCUACUAUAGAAAUGAUAUAGGAUAUUAUACAUGGCGACCUUACCGAUUCAGGCAAUACAGCUUACAAGUAUCAAAUUCCUAUGAUACAGAACAAUGGGAAGAAUGCUACAAAGAUAACACUCCAGAUUCUAGUAUACCAUCAGCCAUACAGAAUAUUACAUGUGAAAGAACAGCUAGAUACCUCAGAGUUAUAACAGACUAUGACGCUCCUGAAGACGAUAAAUUCUCAGAAAGAGGCGCUGUGCUUGAAAUAUGUGAAAUUCAGAUUUAUGGAUGUGAUUUCAAUCAUUACGGAUUUGACUGCUCCAUGGAAUGCAGUGUUAACUGUAAAAGAAAGACGUGUGACAUUGUCAACGGAUCCUGUACCUAUGGAUGUUAUAACGGGUUUUAUUCAGAGAAAUGUGAGAAAAGAUGCAGUACAACAUGUCCGUCAGCCUGCAACAGACACUCUGGGGAAUGUGAGGGUCCCUGUCCAAAUGGUAUGUAUGGACAUCAUUGCAAUUUCACCUGCAAUCAAAACUGCAAAAAUGGAUGCAGUAAAAUCGAUGGUUUAUGUACUUCUGGAUGCAUUGACGGGAAAUUUGGAGCCAACUGUCUUCAGACUUGUGGUGAUGGGUGUAUUUCUGGGUGUAACCAAGACGAUGGGAAUUGUUUUUGCAAAGAAGGCUGGCAAGGUCAAAACUGUAUAGAAUGUAGUCAAACACAUCAUGGACUAGAAUGUGACAAGCAAUGUAGUCCAACCUGUUUAAAUGGAACCUGUUUCUCAAACAGUGGGUCAUGUAAAGAUGGCUUCAAUGUUAAUAAUGACAAAAGUAGUCCAGCAAUCAACCAGGCGUCUGCAAGCAUUACAAACACAGAAGUUUAUCCAGUUUUGUACGGUGUAAUUACUGUUCUGAUCAUGAGUGUCAUUCUCAAUAUAUUUUUGAUUGUGAGAAAUACUAGACAAAGAAGUUAUAAUACACCAGACUUAAACAGGGAUCAUAAUCACGCCAAUUCAACAAUAGAUGCAACCUCCACUAUACAUGAGAGAACAGAAGAUAACACCAACUAUGAAGAACUUGGACAAUCCAGUCAACCUUCUCAUUAUGAGGAACUCGAAUUUAUGAAAGUAUAAGUGUGUUAACCUUUGGGAUUUCUGUAUGUCAUAGUAUUUUGCAAAGAAACGACCACCGGCUUUUAAACAUUGAGGUACCCAAGAACGAGCUAUAUAGGCUUUACAUGUAUUUGCUUUCUAUGGCAGCCUUUGCUUUGUUUAUAUUGUCAGUUUGCUGUGACACC